AUGGACUCUGUUGUAUUCUUUCUCAUUUGCCAACUAAUUAGUCCCUGGAGACGAACGGACAAUAAAUUUCGAAUGGACCAUCCAUCGUCCGAAUUGAUUCAUUUAGAACGACAUCUAUUUUCUUUCUUUUCAUUUUUUCUUUCUUCCUUUCUUUCUUUCUUUCUUUUUAUUUUUUCUCUUUUUUUCUUUUCUCUCUUUCUUUUUUUCUUUUGGUUGUUCGUUCGUUUCCUUUUUUUGCUUCUUUCUUUCUUCUUUUUGUCUUUCUUCUUCUCCCGUUCUUUUUCUUUCUUUCUUUCUUUCUUUCUUUCUUUCUUUCUUUCUUUCUUUCUUUCUUACAUCUUCCUUCUUUUCUUCUUUUUUCCUUACAUUUUAAUUCUUUUCUUUCUUUCUGUUUCUUUUUUACUUCUUUUUUCUUUCUUUCUUUUUUCUUCCUUUCUUUUUUUAUUACUUUCUUCUUUUUUUCUUCUUUUUCAUUCUUUUCUUUCUUCUUCUUUCUUUCAUUUUAAAUUCUUUUCUUUCUUUCUUUCUUUCUUUCCUUCUUUCUUCUUUUCCUUUCCUUUUUUUUCUUUCUUUGUUCGUUUCUUUUUUACUUCUUUCUUUCUUUCUUUCUUUUUUAAAUUCUUUUUUCUUUCUUUUCUCCUUCUUUUUCUUUCUUUCCUUGUUCGUUUUUUUUUUCGCUUCCUUUUUCGCUUAUUUCAUUUUUUACUUCUUUUCUUUCGUUUUUCUUUCUCUCUUUCUUUUCUUCUUUUUCUUUCUUUCUUUCUUUCUUUUUCCAAAAUAAUACUACAAACCUAUAUCUAUCUAUCUAUCUAUCUAUCUAUCUAUCUAUCCCACUCUGUUUCUAUCUAUCCCACUCUGUUUCUAUCUAUCUAUCUAUCUAUCUAUCUAUCUAUCUAUCUAUCUAUCUAUCUAUCUAUCUAUCUAUCUCAGUUUGCUCGUAUCUAUCUAUGUAUCUAUCUUAUUCAUAUCUGUCUCUCUCAGUCUGAGCGUAUCUAUCUAUCUAUCUAUCUAUCUAAGUCUAUUCAUAUCUAUCUAUCUCUAUAUCUAUCUAUCUAUCUAUAUAUAUAUAUAUAUGCGUCAUCUAUAUCUAUCGAUCUAUCUAUCUAUCUCAGUCUAUUCAUUAUCUAUCUAUCUAUCUAUCUAUCUAUCUAUCUAUCUAUCUAUCUAUCUAUCUAUCUCAGUCUAUUCAUUAUCUAUCUAUCUAGCUAUCUAUCUAUCUAUGACAAUCUGAACAUUAUCUAUCUAUCUAUCUAUGUUAAUGUCAAGACUCGACUGGCAUCUCUCUCUCUCUCUCUUAUGUUUCUAUGUAUCUAUCUAGAUAUCUCUUCUCAGUCUGUAUCUAUCCAUCUAUCUAUUUAUUUAUCUAUCUAUCUCAGUCUGUACAUAUCUAUCUAUCUAUCUAUCUCAGUCUGUACAUAUCCAUCUAUCUAUCUAUCUAUCUAUCUAUCUAUCUAUCUAUCUAUCUAUCUAUCCUUCACUCUGUUCAUAUCUAUCUAUAUAUCUAUCUAUCUAUCCUUCACUCUGUUCAUAUCUCAUCUAUCUAUCUAUCUAUCUAUCUAUCUAUCUAUCUAUCUAUCUAUCCUUCACUCUGUUCAUAUCUAUCUAUAUAUCUAUCUAUCUAUCCUUCACUCUGUUCAUAUCUAUCUAUCUAUCUAUCUAUCUAUCUAUCUAUCUAUCUAUCUAUCCUUCACUCUGUUCAUAUCUAUCUAUAUAUCUAUCUAUCUAUCCUUCACUCUGUUCAUAUCUAUCUAUCUAUCUAUCUAUCUAUCUAUCUAUCUAUCUAUCUAUCUAUCUAUCCUUCACUCUGUUCAUAUCUAUCUAUAUAUCUAUCUAUCUAUCCUUCACUCUGUUCAUAUCUAUCAUCUAUCUAUCUAUCUAUCUAUCUAUCUAUCUAUCUAUCUAUCUAUCUAUCCUUCACUCUGUUCAUAUCUAUCUAUCCUUCACUCUGUUCAUAUCUAUCUAUCUAUCUAUCUAUCUAUCUAUCUAUCUAUCUAUCUCUUUCCUUUCCUAUCUUAG